AUGACUACCGCUGGCUACGUAGGAGCUGGCAUCUGCCUAUUUGGUGUACUGUGUGCUCUGAUCAGCGUUGGGCAGAUCGCCAAUGACAUUGCUUCUCUUCAAGAUGAGUUCAGUGUUGGUCUGGAGGAAUUCCGCCUGAUCGCUGAGGACACCUGGGAUCGCCUACUUAUCCUGCAGAGUCCUACCGGCCAUUCAGUCAACGCUGUGCCCAGCAUCUUCCGUGCCAAACGUUACGUCUAUCCUGGACAGUGCAACUGCCAGGAGAAUAACCAAGGAUGCCCUCCUGGACCGCCUGGACCGCCAGGACCACCUGGUUCUCGAGGAGAUGAGGGUCUUGCUGGUGUUGACGGAAAACCUGGAGUCAAUGGAAACUCACUUUCUGUCAUGUACGAUACUCCUGGAGGAUGCAUCAGAUGUCCACCAGGGCCUCCCGGUGAACAAGGGCCACCUGGAUCAGAAGGCCAACAAGGAUUCCCAGGGUCACCUGGAAAAGUUGGACCACCUGGAAGUGACGGAACUCCGGGACCUGUCGGAGUUCCUGGUGAUGAUGGAGAACCUGGCAAACCAGGAUUUGAUGGAGCAACAGGACCCGAUGGCAUGCCUGGCACCACUUCGUUCCCCGGAGCUCCAGGACAGCCUGGUGAACCUGGAUGGGCUGGGGAACCUGGUCUACCAGGAAAGGCUGGUGAGCCUGGCCUUGAUGGAAAUCCUGGAACACCUGGUACCCCUGGUCUUCCCGGAAACCCUGGACAUGACGCAUUCCCCGGUAUGCCAGGACCUGCGGGACUUCCUGGAAAAGUUGGAGAGGACGCCAACUACUGUAACUGCCCAGCUCGUCAAGAUAAGGGAGCCGAUGCACCACUACUGUCGCCACCUCGCUCUACUGCAGGAGGAUAUCGAAACCGUCGCCUCUAA